AUGCUACAAUUUACACUACUAAGACUACUACUACUAUUACUUCUACUGGUUAUACACCAUGUAUCAGCAUCCAUUUAUAUGGGAUUCCCAUUUAAUGAACAACUUCCAAAUGUAGGAAGAGUUGAUCGGGAGUAUAGCUUCACUAUGGCCAAUACAACUUAUAAAUCAAACAACUAUGGAGACAUCACUUAUGAAGUUUCAAAUUUACCUGACUGGCUAUCAUUUGACUCUGACUCAAGAACGUUUACUGGAAUACCUAGUGAGUCAGAUGUUGGGGAAUUUGAUAUCACAAUUGUUGGUACUGAUCAAAGUGAUCAGUCCACUUUAUCCAACAACUACACCAUGAUUGUAUCUAAUGAUACAGGUAUACAUGUAAACUCAGACACUAGUGUAUUUCAACAAUUGGCCCAAUAUGGUCAUACCAAUGGAAAUGAUGGUUUAGUUGUCAAGCCAGGCGAUAAGAUCAACUUGAAAUUCAGCAAAGAUACAUUUAAAGAAUUUUCAUCGAGUGAGCGUUCAAUCAUUGCCUACUAUGGAAGAUCAGCCGAUCGCAGUUCAUUGCCCAAUUGGAUAUCAUUUGACGGUGAGGAAUUGACAUUUUCCGGUACGGUUCCACAUGUCACUUCUGAGAAUGCACCAUCAUUUGAAUAUGGUUUCAGUUUUAUUGCUAGUGAUUACUAUGGCUAUGCUGGCGCUUCCAGUAUUUUCAAAAUUGUUGUUGGUGGACAUCAACUAGAAACUGACUUGAAUAGUACAAUCAAGAUUAAUGGGACUUUUGGACAAGAUGUCGAUGAAUUGGUGCCUGUAAUGUCACGCGUUUAUCUCGAUGGUGAAUCAAUCUCCAAGGAAAACAUUUCCGAAGUUGAUGCUGAGAAUUUGCCGGGAUACUUAUCAUUUAAUGAUGAAGAUUACACCAUUACUGGAAUUUUUCCCAACACUUCAACGUUUGAUAAUUUCUCGAUCACAGUGAGGGAUACUUAUGGAAAUACGGUGGACUUGCCAUACUCCUUUGCCGCCAUUGGAUCUAUAUUUACCAUUGAUUCAUUGGAUGAUGUUAAUGCAACCAAAGGUGAAUGGUUUCUGUAUCAAAUCAUGAAUUCGAUAUUUACAAAUGUCAAUGAGACAGAAAUCAAUGUCGAUUAUGGUGAUGCAGAUUGGAUUUCAUACCACGAAAACAACAAGACCUUAAAUGGAAUGACGCCCAAAAAUUUUGAUAAGCAAAAGGUCACAAUCAAAGGGCAAUUAGACUCUGAAGAUGAAGAAAAAAGUUUCAACAUCAAGGGAGUUAAUAAACAUGUCACCUCUAGCUCAUCAAGCUCAAGUUCAACAGCCACCUCGUCUUCAUCGUCAGGUACAGCACCUGCAACGGCUUCAGCCACUAAUGACGCAAGUAAUGCCACAUCUACAUCUGGAGCAUCAUCACACAACUCACACAAGAACCGAGAUUUGGCUAUUGGACUUGGUGUAGGUAUCCCAGUGUUUGUCCUUUUAGUAGCUGCAUUAAUCAUCUUUUGCUGUUGUUACAAGAGAAGAAAAAGCAAGCAAGAAUCAGAUGAUGAAAAGGGAACCGUUUCCUCAAAUACAACACAAGUUCCAGGUGGUGGUACUGGUGGUGGUAUCAAGGGUGCAGCUGCAGCAGGUGGUGUUGCAGGUGGUGUCGCAGCAGCAGCCACUGCUACCGGAGCUUCUACUUUCCCAAUUGAUCCAAAGAAUGAAUCACAAGUCAAUUUAAUGAAAUUAGAGGGUAUUUCAGCCAACUCGUCAUCGUCAUCUUUGACCCAUGUUGACACUAAUGAGUCUUUUUACGACACCCAUGAACAACCAAUACUGAAGAGUUGGCGAGCAAAUACCGAUUCCGAUGACAAAGCAGUUGUCACACCAGCAAACCUAACCAGAAAUAGUGAUGCUUCGUUGUCAACAGUAAACACUGAGCAAUUGUUUUCGGUACGAUUAGUUGACGACUAUACUCAACGUGAUUCAGAGCUUUCAUCGGCAAAUAAUGCGUUUAUGAGCAACAAUUCUUUGAAUGCAUUACUCCAACGUGAUACUUCCUCACAAAAUAUUCAUCGCUUAGAUUCGGAUGGAAACAUUGUGGAGUAUAACACAUUGGCGCCUACAUCAUCACCCGAACGAAUGCCGAACCGAUUACCUCAUUCUUCAUCGCAGUUGGAUAUCGUACCUGAAGAGAAUUCUCGCGAUUUGUCAAAUAGAGAAGAUACUACUGGAUCAAUUAGCAACUUGUUGCACAAAUUUGAUCAAGCAUCAUCGGGAUCUGAUGAGGCAGCAGUAUCAUCACCUUCACCAUCACCACAACCGCCAUUACCUCAAAACCAAUCACCUACAUUUUUGUUUGAGUUCAGCAAUCCCGAUUUGGAAUCACCACAAUCAGACAAUUUUCUUCUUCAUGAUAAACAAAUGAACAACAAUACUAAUUACAGCAAUAAUCAUUUAUCGGCAUCAUCACCUUCAUCAUCACCUAUUCGUCAAAGACACUUGCUUCCAACAACUUCGAACAACAACAUGACUCAAAACCCUCAUCAUUCGGUACUCACUCUUGAUUCACUCUCAUCGGAAAAGUUCAUUUACGAUGGCAAACUACGUCCUGCUGACAGCUUAUCACCAGUGAAAAACUUGUGCUCGAGAACAAGUUCUGGCUCGUUGCUCAGUGGAGGAGGUCGUGGUAGUAGAACUGGUGCCGGUGCUGGAAGUGACGGUCGUGAGAAUGGAGCUGCUACUUUAGUUGAUUUUACUCGAAAGGCAAGUUUAAGGGAUUCUUCUUAUGAGCCCGACUAUACUCAUCGUGAAGAAUCUGCCACUUUGCAUCACGAUGAUAGUGAUUAG